CGCUCCCAAAUUGCAGUCACGCCCCGCCCGCCAAUGGACUCACGGACGCGCUGAAACCCUCCCUACUGUAUCGAUGAAGUUGUUUCAAAGAUGGCGGAUUUCCUGCCGUCCCGGUCCUUUUUAUCUUUUUGUUUUCCUAACUGUCUCCUCACUAGCAGUGAGCAGGAACAACUAAGGAAAUCUAAAGAGAUAGAUAAGUGUCUAUCGCGGGAUAAAACAUAUGUGAAACGGUUGGUGAAGAUAUUACUACUCGGAGCUGGAGAGAGCGGCAAAUCUACUUUCCUCAAGCAGAUGCGCAUCAUACAUGGUGAGGACUUCGAUCAACGGGCCAAAGAAGAGUUCCGGGCUACGAUUUACAGCAAUGUUAUCAAAGGUAUACGGGUGCUGGUGGACGCGCGAGAGAAGCUACACAUCCCGUGGGGAGACUCGUCCAAUCAGAAGCACGGCAACACCAUGAUGGCGUUUGACACGCGGUCCACGAUGGUGGCCCAGGGCCUAGUGGACACCAAGGUCUUCCUGCAGUACCUGCCUGCCAUCCGCGACCUCUGGGCCGACUCGGGCAUCCAGAAUGCCUACGACCGCCGUCGGGAAUUCCAGCUGGGUGAAUCAGUGAAGUAUUUCCUGGACAACUUGGAAAAAUUAGGAAUGCCGGACUAUCUACCGAUAGUGCAGGACAUCCUGUUGGCGCGCAAGCCCACCAAGGGCAUCCACGAGUACGACUUUGAGAUAAAGAACGUGCCCUUCAAGAUGGUGGACGUCGGGGGCCAGCGGUCGGAGCGGCGGCGCUGGUUCGAAUGCUUUGACAGCGUCACCUCCAUCCUCUUCCUCGUCUCGUCCAGCGAGUUCGACCAGGUGCUGAUGGAGGACAGACAGACCAACCGGCUGACGGAGUCGCUCAGCAUCUUCGAGACCAUCGUCAACAACCGCGUUUUCUCCAACGUCUCCAUCAUCCUCUUCCUCAACAAGACGGACUUGCUUGAGGAGAAGGUGAGGGCGGUGUCGAUCAAGGACUACUUCCCCGAGUACACGGGCGACCCGCACAGCCUGGCCGACGUGCAGAAGUUCCUGGUGGAGUGCUUCCGGAGCAAGCGGCGGGACCAGCAGCAGAAGCCCCUCUACCACCACUUCACCACCGCCAUUAACACCGCCAACAUCCGGCUGGUCUUCCGCGACGUCAAGGACACCAUCUUGCACGACAACCUCAAGCAGCUCAUGCUGCAGUGACGUUGCCAAUGCAUAUGACACCCCCCCCCCUCCUCUCCACACACACACACACCAGCUCAGUCCAAACACCACCUCCCCCACAUGCCCCUUCUGUCUGAUUUGUCCACCUCUGCACACACACACACACAUACACACACACACACAUACAACCACUUACACACAUGCUUUCCCUCUCCCUGAUCCCUCCGUGUCCAACCACUAUCCCUGUAAUGCCCCCCCCCCCCCCUGAGAUGGAGAAGUCUCCCUCUCUGCUUUGUGCCUGUUUUUAACCCACUGUAGUCCCUUUCCCUCUGAAGCUCUGACCCCUGGUUUAGGGGUGUCGGGCGGAGGGGACUUUGUAAAUGUGCGGAACCACCACGCUUUCCCUCCCCCACAGAGACUUGAGUGGCGAAGAACCGUUUGCCACAUGCUGAUGCGGAAGGGACCACCGUUUCGUCUCUGUCUGUCUGUCUGAUUGAUUGAUUAAUUGAUUGUUUUUAGAGUGUAAUUGUUGUGUCAAACUGUAUUGCGUUGCCUUACUCCCCCUCGGGCCCCCUAGUGGCGGCUCUGGAAUCCAGCAGAAGCCCCUGAGAGCUUCUCCUCCUCCCUCUCCGCCAGUUGAAAAACUGAUGCAAGCGGCAACUGAAAGCAAAGUGAAUAGUGAAAAGUUUUUGGCCUUUUUAUUUUUAUUUUUCCCUUUUCUUUUUGUGUUCGUCUGUCUUGUAGGAAACAUCAGAGCACUGUCCUUAAAUGCCACCUCUUGAGCCUUUUUAACACUGACCAGCUACUCGCUAAGCAGCGGAUGUGUGUUAAUAGCUGACCUGGGUCACAAUGAGCUGCUGCCGGGGUAGUGAGGGUUCAUAAAUGAUGACAAGAAACCUUCUGGUGUUUUGAAACAGUUAUUGUAUAGAAAAAGAGACCUUCCAGGCCCUUUUUUUUAAAGCUGUAGUUGGUUAAUCAGUUGUAUUAAAUCUUGAAUUUCUUUAUAUAUGUCCAUAUAUAUGGAUAGAUAUGGAUAUAUAAAUAUAUUUACCUAUGAGAAAAAAAAUCUUAACUUAUAUUUCAAAAAGUUUCUGGUGGAUUUAUGUUACAAGCAAUUUGAGAACUUUUUUUUCUUGAGGGGGAGGAGGGGGGGGUUCCACAUUGCGUGUGCAUAUUUGUAAACAUACACGCACACAUGUACACACAAUAACUGAAUUCAUACUGUUGUCAGCCACACAGGGCAAGAGAAGGUUCCAGUAUGUAUAUGUUUUGAGUAUUCUCAGGGCUCCUGAUGACCACUUCUAUUUUCCUAAAGCCAACAUUCAAAUCCUUUCGUCAGGCAAAGGAAUUGUUGGCCACUCUGAUUGACCGGCUUACAUUUUGACUUGCUGGACUUUGAUUGGCCUCCUGCUGCUGGCCUUAACCAAUCUCUGUCCUCUGCUGCCCCUGUAAAACCAGCAAAGACUCCUCCCCUUUUUUGUUUAGAGUGGUCCUGAAUUCCGUAAGGUUACUUUUUAAAUGGCAAUGGUCAGUGGUGUUUGAAGUCAUGUUUUAUUUAGUUUUUCUUUGUUUUUCUUUUCUUUUGUUUUUAACCCAGCAUUUCUAUUCUUCAGUAUAUUUUUGUUUUGCUUGUUUUGAUCUUGGCCACAGGGUUCAGUUUCCUGUGACUUAAUCAGACGGCACCUAUGCAUCUGACAAAAAACCACUGCUUUUAUUUCCGAGGUACCAAUUGAACCAUUUGUCUCUAGCUCUCUGUUUCUGUGGUGUAUAGACAAAAGGGAUGGAACUGGCCUGACGAAGACCGCUCACGAUUUCCAUGGUUUCCAGAACAUUGUGUACAGUCCUCACUGGCCUGGUUUUAAACAGGGUCUUUUUCCUCCCUCUACGCACAGUGCAGUUCUAACCCCUUUACUCUGUAAUACUUUACUGUAAGUGAGGAUGGAUGUUGAUUUGUUUGUUUGUGUGUGUGUGUGCUGUUUUUAUUGCUCCUGCCUUUCUCUGUUUAUGCAGACGGGUACCUCGCCUCUUAAGCACAGCCUUCAUGGUGCCUUCAGUGCAAGGGGCUGGCUCUGAUCCUGUUGGAAACCACCCCUCUCAACCCCCACCCCCCUCUCCCCCGACACCACACCACACCCCAACACACACACGGACGCAGGCACGCUCGUGCACAAUGUUGUACUGUAAAAUCCACCAUUCUCGUGUUCAGGCACACAUUAUCUCUGUGAAUUUUGGGUUCAAUCCACUUCCAUAUUGUAAUACUUUCUCAGUUUCCUGUUGGUAAUCCCACACACACACACACACACACAGAGACACACAGACACACAGACACAGACACACACACGAGUCUGUGGCUUGGUCUGGGAAGGCGGGGAUGGUUGGGAAUAAAAGCACAGGACUCUUCUGCCUUUUGGCAUGAAGCCCAGAGGAGUUCUGUAACGUUCAGUCUCAGCCUUCAUGAGUCCUCUUCAUUGGCCCCCUUUGUCCUCACACACACACACAAUGUCCCUUACAAACACACACACACACACACACCACCCCCACCCCCUCUCCCCUCAGUGCCAUACUAGAACAGACAUGCAUGCAGCACAUUUGGACUUCUUUUUAUGAACACACACACACACAAAAGCGCCACCACUUGAGCAACCCCUCCCCCAGCCCCUGGUGCCUGUUCGCUGUGCAUACUGACCCUUCCUAUGUGCUGCACUUUUUUUCUAAUUGUUCAGAAAACAAACAAAAACAAAACAAAAAAAUGUAGAGGCCUUUAUUUUUUAUUUUUACUAAGCAACGGUUAAGCAAAAACCAAGACCUUGUCAUCUGUGUCUACCAUACAGAUGCUGGUCCAGCAAAGGGUGUCUUCAACUUCUCUAACCCCAACCACAACCCCCCUUAAUGACUAACCAAAGGACGCCUCAGACCUAGCAUAGAAGGUCCUGGUCUUCUCUGGGUUUCAGCUUGCCUUAAAAGUGAGUUAGCCCAAAAUGUCAAAAAGCAAAAUUACUUCUCUCUUUUUGUAAAGUGAAAAAAAAGAAAUACUGAUUCUGAUGUGGAGACCAAAUGUGGAACCGGGGCUGCUGGCUGUAGGCAGAUGAGGAUGAGUCACACCAUGUGUCACUCCCUCGUCUGGGCAGUCAUUGGCCGCACGGAGGAGGGACAUCUCUGUGUGUACCGUCUAGCGUGAGAAGCAGCAGCUCGCUGUACACAGGGGCCUUUGCCUAGUUCCCCUCUGUGUGCUAGAGGCCGGAACGGUGCCAGGCCAGCGCAGAGUACCCGAUGAGAUGGUGACAGUGACGCUGCUGUGUGGGAGAACACAGCUGCCAACAAUGCCCUCGGUCCAAAUCACUCCCGCCAGCUCCACGCUAGUGUGCCUGUCCACUUUCUAAAAACGCCUGUGUGCCACUACUUUGGUUACCCCACUGUGAUGCAUUGUCACAUGCUACAUUUUUAGAGCUGUGAAGGUAUGUUCCAUUCUGUCUCUCACUAUCUGUGUGUCUCUCAGUGGCCAAUGAUGUUGGGUCAGGGCGCCCCCUGCUUUGAAAUGCUGUAAUUAUGACCAAUACACUACUUCAGUAACCAGUACUCCUGCUUUUUCUAUGCACUGUAGCUGUGUGCCAGAUCACUGUGCCAUGUUGGUUGAAAACAGCACGAAAAAAAAAAGACAACAAUUGUAAAGAAACUUCCGUUUGUCCUGAGCUUCUUCCAAUAAUGCCACCAAAUUGUUUGCGUGUUUCUGAUGGGGUGGAGUUUGGUUUAUCAAAAUGUUUAUGCAACUGAUUCUGUCACAAAAUGGAAGAAAAGUGAUUCCUAGUGCCUAUGGCUCUGUCUCUAUUUUCUAAUCAUGUUUAAAGUUAUGUUUAAAGUAAUGUUAAAGGUAUUUUUCCUGAAAACAGACAAAAAAAAAAUCCUAAAUUGAAUCACCCUCAUAUCAGGAUGCUUGUUACACCAGUGAUGUCAGUUGAAGUCAUAGUUGAUGUAAAUGUCCAUUCAAACCCGCUCCUAAUGUAACCUCUAACAACUGCCUUCUCACCCUGCCAUCUGCUAAAAUAAAGACAAAGAAAAGAACGUCUCAAA